CAUUUGCAGUUUCGGUAUUUGUGUGUCUGGUGCAGAGACUACUUUUAUCUAGAGCUAAAAGCUCUUUGUAUUGUCGUCUCUGUCCUCCUGAGCUGUGAAAAUGCCGGAGAGACGAGCAGUGAAAGCUCUGGACUCCAUUCUUGGGUCCAAUGCGAACCAGUUGAUAGUGGAGACAACGUCUUUUGUUGAUGCAAAGGAACGUGAUCUCUCGUAUGCUAGUUUGAAAGAGAAGCGCCGACCGUUGAAUAUGACCACUGCCACUGAAGGGCAAGCUAGUAAACAGGAGUCGAGUACCAGUGAGAAUUCUGCCAGAAAUGCUGAGUAUUCCCGUGUUCCACAAACUGCUGAUGAUGGCCUUCCUGUGCCGAAACGAGUACUGUUUGAACAAGAUCGCCUAUCUCUACGGUGGAGAACUACACGCAAAGUUGGUUGCGGACUAUUCAACCUGGGUAACACAUGCUUUUUAAACAGCGUCAUACAGUGCUUGGCCUACACUCCACCUCUCGUCGCCUACCUGGAGAGUGGAGAACACACUGAAGUCUGUCGAGCGGAUGGAUACUGUGCCAUGUGCGCUCUGACACAGCACGUGAAGAGAGUCUUCUCCUCGCCAGCACCCAUCAAGCCAGGAAGCAUCGCAAGUCGGCUAAAGUUUUUCGCUAAGCAUUUUCGCUUCGGACGCCAAGAAGAUGCUCAUGAAUUUCUUCGUUACUUCACCGAAGCGUUGCAAAAGUGCUGCCUGAGUGGCUUGUCAACCAAGAUCGACUCUUCAAUCAAGGCCACCACACUAGUGCAUCAAGUGUUUGGUGGAUACCAUCGUAGCUUAGUGUUGUGCUCAAAGUGCAAGUAUGAAUCGAAGACGUUCGAUCCUCUCCUGGAUGUCAGCCUUGAUAUCAAGAAUGCGAAUUCAGUGACAGGAGCGUUUGAGCAGUUCAUCAAGCCAGAUAUACUGGAUGGUGCCAACAAGUACAUGUGUCCGAAAUGCAAGUCGAAAGUCAAUGCGAAGAAGAUGCUGAGCAUUCACCGUGCACCCAAUGUUCUCACGAUACAGCUGAAAAGGUUUGACUUUUUUCACAAGUCUGGUGGGAAAAUCAACAAGAAGAUUUCCUACAGUCCCACACUGAACCUACGCCCGUACAUGAGUGAGAAAUCGGGUGAUGCAAUGAUGUAUGAUCUGUAUGCUGUGCUGGUACACGCGGGGCAUUCAGUACAUUCUGGCCAUUACUACUGCUUCACACGUACAUCGACCAACGCAUGCUACUGCCUGGACGACGCCAGUGUACGGCAAGUUGGUGCAGAUACCAUGUUGACACAGCAGGCCUAUCUACUCUUCUAUGUACGUCGGGCGAAAGGCGCAUCCAGUUCGCUGUUCCAGCCUGAAGCGCGAAGCAAGACAAGUGCCAGCAGCAGCAGUAACGGCAUCGCUUCACCAUCACAGUCCGCUUCCCCAGCAGUACGCUCUCCAGCGGCAAGCGUUGCACCAGCAUCAAAGUCAAAAUCAUCAUCUUCGCAUGCUUCAAAUGGAACUCCGGCAUUGACAUCGCCGUCUGCAGCUGCGGCGGCGGCAUCGUCAUCGUUAGUGAAUGGCCGACACCAUCCGGUCAGUCCCGGUCGUCAGGCAUUAGUAAAUGGGGAUGCAUCGCCGCUGUUGAACGGGCAUAGUCGUCCUGGUAGCGCCAGCGGUGACAAGAAGAUCAACCUUUCUGCAGUCGAAAGCAAGAAACAGAACCAAGUGGAGAAUGGUUUUGCCUCCUCAGAGCUUGGCUCUCCUGUCCUAAGGAAGAACUUUGAUACUUCCCGACAGAUCCUGUCGCCCAAAUCCCCGAAGCGACACGAGCAGCAGGCACCCUCCUCUAGCCCAAUCAUCAGUCCACAGCCAAACAAGGCUAACAAAGAACGACAGCAGCAGCAGCAGCGGUCUUCAUUUCAAAAUGGCUUGGCCAAGAAGAAUGGUAUUGUCAGCCGUGACACGGAUAAGCAUACGAAAUCACGGCCAUCUAAGAAUGGUGUACAGGUGGUGAACUUCAGGGAUAUGAUUGACAUCCGUGAAGGUAGGAAGCGGAAGGGUCAUGACACAACUACCGCCGAGGACGACGCUAAUUCACCCGCGAAGAAGCCGAAGAUCAGUUCAUGGGAUGGUUGCAUUGACAGCGCUGUAGUGAAGGAGUUGACUUCUAGUAAAGUGGAUACAUGGGACAAGGAUGUCAAGAGUGUAGCCUUCCCGCAGAAAACCAAGCAUCGAGACAGUGCCGACGAAGAGGACGAUACUUGGAAUGAGGAAUAUGAUAAGCCCAAGGUAAAGAAAGUCAAGAAGAAGCUGUUGUCAGUCAAUGUCAGGAAGCCACUAGGCAAUCCUUUCCAGCGUGCAUAUGAAAGGAAAUAUUCCAAGAAAAUCACCAAAGUCGGAGUGGCAUCACGCGGUGGUCGACUUGGCCGACGGCAUGGCAUGAGCGGCAGCUUGCACCAACGGAGACGUGCACACUAAGUCCAGACUACUACUGCGGCGUCUUGUCUGGACUUUACCCACGGUAUGCUUUGCCCAUCCUUGCUACCAUAGUCACCAUGGCUGCUGCUGUUCUAUGCCUUGCAUGCAGACAUCUCUAUGUGUCAGCUACAAGCGUAACUGCAGUCCUGCUCACGGAAACCCAGUCGCUGGAGUCAAGUUUGAGCCUUCCACCAUUCAUGGUGGCUGUGUUGCGCUCUGAGCCGCAGCAAUCAUGUUGACUGCUGCCUGUUGGACACACAGAAUAUCUAACAACCAUCAAGUAGUCACAGCCAUGUGUCGUUGUACCAAGGUAUGUCGUGUUCGGAUAACUCUCCGCAACACAGGCGGUAGCAGUCAUCCUGUGCUGCCAGUGCUGUGUAUCUCUCUGUUGAUUGUUAUGACCAUGUUCACAGUGCUGCUGGUGGGCUGUGCUGGGUACAGAGGCACAGAGGUACGUACAGUCUACAGCAUGUGCUGCAAGCCAUUGAACUGGCAUGCUAUCUGUCAUACCGUGUGCUAUAUAUGCCACUGUGCACAUGCCUAGCAGAACUAUACAUAUUCCUGCAGCAGCACAAUGCCAUGUCCCAGCCCAGUGGUAUGACACACCUGACUUGCCUGUAGCUCUAACUGCACCAAGGCCUUUUUUAUUUCAGUUGCGCCUUUGUUACAGGCCUUUAUCCCAGCUACAGCUCUCCCAUGCAGGGUCAAAACCCGGUAUGACCCAUCACAGCACUUUGUUUUGUAGAGCUAGUUGCUGUUAACCUGGAAUUUAAGUCUCUCAAAGUCGCUGUUUGUUGAAUUAUUGUUUCAUCCUUUUUCUUUUAACCGUUCCUCUUUUCUUUCCACGCUGUGUGCACUGCACACAUGUGCACACACUCUCGCUGUACGACAUCGGUUAGCACAUGUGUUGUGCUUGCAGCGUGAGAUCUGUGUUUUGACGCUAUGCGCUGGAAAGUUACUAUUGUUGUGUUUUGAGUGCCAACUGGCUCCGCACAAGCUUUCUUCUCUUUUAUGUGUGUGUACUGCACGUGAGCAUGUUGAGGGCAGCUGUACCACGCCGAUCAGUAUUUAUGGACUAGAUAGCAGAUAUCGUUUACCUGCCAUGAGAAGUUUUGUUUGCUCUCUUUUCUUCAAUCACUAUCCUAACCUUUAACAAUUGUAUCUGUCGAUGUGUUCGUCAGGGUAUGGUCACAGCUCUCUUUUCCUUCUUGCUUGUUCUGCGACGACUACUGUCGUAGAGAGGUACUUUACACAUCUUGUCCAGUCUGUUUUUCUUUGAUAAAGAUUGAAGGAGUUCAUUUUACCUGGCAAGCUUCAAUUGCUAGCCAGCAAUGUCGAUUCUAGGGAUUUCACUCUGUACUCUUCUA